CCUGAAGGGAAGAUGAAUUCGCUUGACAAUUAACAAGCUAAACAUUUUCCUAAAUACCAAGCUAAGAGGCCCGCUGAUGAAACCAAGCUAUCAACAUGUGUGGCCCAAUCGACUUUUAAAGGUUUUUGCAACCCUUGUACUUUUUCUUAGUAUUUCUGACUUACACUUCGAUGUGUUUUAUUGGGAGUUUCAUUGGAAUUAAUGAAGCUCAAGGACGGCAGCAGAGAGGUCAAAGCAGGGUUAGGUUACGUAAUGUUUUGUUCAACACAUCAAAACAGGAAGAGUGUGCCACAACUGCAAACGUAUCAAGACAUGGUCGACUGACUGAACGUGGAAGCAUUAAUCAGAGAUGCAGCCAAGACGACCCUGGAGGAGCUGCAGAGAGCCACGGCUCAGGUGGAGGCAUCUUUUCACAAGUGCUGUGCAGCCGUGGGUUGGCCCGAUCACUACAGCUUGCUUUGAGAAAUGAACUAUCAACUCAGUUUCUUGUUCUUGUAGAACAUGAUUCAAGUGCUGAUACUUCUUCUGCUGCAGCAGGAGAAAGUGAGUGCUGCCUGGUCGGUGACCUUUGAGAACCCGAAUAUUUGUGCGUUGAGGGGGUCUUCGGUGGAGUUCAGGUGUUCGUACAGCUACCCAGACGAGGAAUCCGUCAGAGGGACCGCAUGGGACAGAGGAAUGAAUCAAAAUGGCGUCUGGAAACGCGUCAGGCUUUCAGGCCUUCCGUCAUAUAAUGGUCGCUUUGAGUAUCAAGGUGAUCAUGCACACAACUGCAGCCUGGUUUUGCGUGACCUGCAGGAGAACGACACUGGAUAUUACUACUUCUGGUUUGACACAGAUAAGUUUGGACGGCGCAGUAAGACGUCAGUGUUUCUCUCUGUCACAGGGCUGAGAGCCACCAUACACCCCGACAGAGUGAGACUCGGAGACAGCGUGACCCUUGACUGUCGGACAGAGUGCCAAAACGGCAAAAUAAUCUGGUUCAGAGACGGACGUCCGGUGGCAGAACCAACGUUUCAGGCUCAGACUACAGAUACCGGAAACUAUUCAUGUGCUUUUGAGGGGCUAAAAUCCUCGCAAUCAGAUCCUGUGGCUCUGGAUGUUUGGUAUCCUCCGCUGAACGUAUCCGUUGAGGUGAACCGCUCUGACCCUCUGCUGGUCGGCAGCAGCGUGACGUUGACCUGCAGAGGUUCUGCCAGCCCUGCUGCAAUUACUUACACCUGGUGGUACAGCAGUGACGUCUCCAACUCCAGCACCGAGCUCCAGGUGGGCUCAGGGCAGGUGCUGAGUAUUUCCUCCGUUGAGUUGGCCCACACUGGGACGUAUAUCUGCCAGGCCCAGAACCGCGCGGGCCAGAGCCGUUCAGCUGAGCUGCUGCUGGUGGUGGAAGAAACAGUCCAUCCUUUGAUUGUCCUUGGAAUUGGAAUUAAAGUGAUUAUUCUGCUUGUGCUGCCACCGAUUCUCAUCUGGGUCUGGAAGUGUCGGUCUCGUUCUCAUGCAAAGAACGAAGAGAAUACCAGCAAUGACUAUGAAAAUGGGAUUUUUGGAUGAAAGAACAACUGCUCUAAAAUCCCUAGCAUGAGCAAGGAAACAAAGGACAGGAAUCAAAAUGACUUUGCGCUGCCAAGUCUCAACACGUGGACAGAAAAUGCUUCCUGACGCUUGGCUAAGCUGCAUGGACGAUCUGCAUUGUGCAUUUUCUUUUUUCUCUGCAACAUUGAAUGGAUUUUGAACGUAGAAUGGAUAUUUGCUAUUUCAAACAAUAUUGAUGUUUUUAUUUUAAUGUAGGUUGGUUAUUUGUACGCUAAAUUCAAACAUUGGUUUAUGCUGCAGUCAUUGGUAGAAAUGGUUCAGUUUUAAGACACGCAACACUGCCCCCUUGAGUUUGAAUUCAUGUCUGCAUAUCUCAGCAAGCAUGAAAAUGUUCCGUCACUUUGCCAAUUAUUAUGUGUUCUCCUAUAGAAAUAUUUAAGAAAUUUGUCCAGUGGUCUCGAUUAGACCCGAUAAGAUUGAUCUUUUAUUAUAGUUUAUAAUGGUCACUGAAAUUUUACAGCUUCACAAAUGUGUUGUUUUUAACGCACAUAACUUUCACACCUUUAAUUUUUCUUAUUUUUAAUUUAUUUGACAUGUUGUACUUUCCAUAAUGUGCGUACUGCAGCUCAGAGUUUAAAAUGAGAAUUUACUGCAUGGAAAAGGUGAAAUGGGGGGGAAAAAAACAGAUAAUAUAACUUCAUUCACACAAAAAAAGAGAGCACUUUACAUAAUCAGUCUUGGUUGAAAAGCCUCUUCUAAAAAUAAACUGACACUAAAAUA